AUGCCAGGUCCAGUUUUGGAGGAAGAGAAAUCGCAGGAAAAUCUGAUUGAAUCCAUCAAAGAGCAACUGAAACUCGAGAAGGAAGAUGAUGUUGUCGUUGAGGACGUGAAAGAAGGCGAGGAAGAAGACGACGACGACGAUGAUGACGCCGAAGGUGAAGGAGAUGGUGGAAAUGAGAGUUCCAAGCAAAGUAGAAGCGAGAAGAAGAGUCGUAAAGCUGUGCUGAAGCUUGGCAUGAAGCCUGUCUCAGAUGUCAGCAGAGUGACCAUUAAAAGAUCCAAGAAUGUGUUAUUCGUCAUCACGAAGCCAGAUGUUUACAAGAGUCCCAACACUGAGACUUAUGUCAUAUUUGGCGAAGCCAAGAUCGAUGAUUUGAGCUCUCAGCUACAAACACAGGCUGCUCAGAGGUUCAAGAUGCCUGACAUGGCGUCCAUGCUCCCUAACGAUGCUUCUGAAGCUGCCACUGGUCCACAAGCAGAGGAAGAAGAUGAAGAGGAUGUUGAUGUCACAGGCGUUGAAGAUAGAGACAUUGAUCUUGUGAUGACACAAGCAGGUGUCUCUAAGGCCAAAGCCGUCAAGGCUCUAAAGGCCAGUGAUGGAGAUAUUGUCUCAGCCAUUAUGGAACUCACGACCUAG